AUGAUGACAUUUGGCAGUGGCUCUGGGCAGAAUAGCUUUGCUCGCAUCCUCUCCGACUGCGGCAAGAAAAGCUUCAAUAUCUUCACGGGCUUUCGCCGGAACGACUACGUGCGAUGUGUUGAGGCAAACACACAGAUCCGAACUAGUUGCGCCAGCUGCUUUGCCAUUGCCGCGCAGUACGGUGCCGAAAACUGCAAAUGGAGCUGCUUCUGGGGCUCCUGGUGUGGUAGAGGUUGCCUGAACUGUGUAGAUGUCAAGACCAGCGAAGUUCAAGAGUGCGCCGGCAAGAACAUUGCCAUUCCAACCGCAAACUCCUGCUAA